CUCAUCACUGCCUUUCGGGCUCUUCUUCCACCCUCCUUCUCGCUAAUCAGCCUCUCUCUUUCUUCCCUCAUUCUCAUUCCUUUUAGCAUUCUUCAUCCCCCUCUCCCCCACUUCUUCCCUUCCACCCCCCCCGUCUCAUUUUGACCUCAUCGGUCAUCUCACAGUGUUUCUUCCCAUGCCGGUGCUCCCAUCAUGGGAUUCUUGAGCCGAUUUCGCAGGCGGUCGAAAAGCCGUAGCCGUGCGGGGAAUAGCGACUCUCUCCGCAUCGAUGGUUACCGCUACCAUGAUGACAUCCCCCCAGUGCCCCGGCGCGGUCUCGACUAUACCAAGAAACUUCCCCGACCGGUGUUAGCCCGAAUUUUCGCCUUCGUUUGUCCACACGCCGUUGAUACAAGCUAUGAUACCUCCGAGGAGUCCAUGACGGAGGAUGGUUGCAUGCUUUGUGACAUGCGGGAUCUGGCCCACUGUGCGUUAGCGUGCAAGCAUUGGUAUCUGGACGCGCGAGCGUUACUGUACGCCCAUGUUCGAAUCGACCCAGUCCACUACUGUGAGCUCGAGGUGCAGUUAGCUGCCAAGCGAAAACGCCGCUCUGUCUUCGACCGCAAUGGCGAUCCGAUUGACGCUCCGCAAGUCCGUUUGACAAUCUUCAUGCGCUCGGUCCGGCAGUCGCAGGGGCUCGGAAACAUGGUCUUGUCGCUCCGUAUGCCGUACAUGACCCGUGAAGCGAACAAAGGGGAAAUCGCCCGCACCAUCUCCGUCUUGCCGAACCUGCGCUACGUCGACCUUCCUGCGGGUUUAUACAGCGACGACGGGUCGUGUCUGGCCUUGAAGCAGGAGCUGAUGGCCCGCUGCCACGACAUCCGCCGCAUGACCUAUAAUCAGGGGUCCGAAGGGAGCUUCUCCCAAUUGCCAGGAUCCCAUCUGUGGAUGAAUCUGGAGGUCCUGGAGCUCACCCGGCUCCACGUCGAGCCGGUGAUGCUUCGGGCGGGUCUGGGGUCAUUCCCCAGGCUUCGCGAAUUGACGCUGGACGAUCUUCCCUGGCUGGACGAUUCCGCCUUUGCUGAUUCUCAAGCACUACCGCCAUUUCCUCCGGUCCAGAAGCUCACCCUUCGCGAUAUGCCGAAUGUCACCGCAAGUGGGCUUGCCGCCAUCUUCUCCGUACCGGAGUGCCGCAAAUCUCUGACCUCCUUAAACCUGACAUCGACCGGUGUCGUGCCGUCGGGCAUCUAUCACAUCCUCCCAGCCGCGCCUAACCUGCGCAGUUUCUCGAUAGUCCAGGAAGUGACCCGAUCAUUCCCUGCGGAGAAGGUACCGCCCCUGGCAUCUCGGUCCUUGGAGUUACUCCAUUACGAGAUCACGUCGCCCAACGGUUCCUACGGGCUGCCACCCGUUUCAGCCUCCUACUAUACCUACCUGAUCGGGUCGCUGGUAUCCAACUCGCUACCAUAUCUGCGGCAACUGUACGUCCGGGACGCCGACCUACCGGAAGCCCUUCUCCUGCUGCCACCCCCGCGUCUCUUCGGGGGAGGCGACAGCGGGCCUCAACUCGCGAGCGGGGUCCUCUCGCGCCCACUCGAUAUAUACAGCAAGGGCUUGGACGAACUAGAGUGGAACUUCACUCCCUACGAACCGCCGUCGACCCGAGGCCGUCGCGACAGCACCACCCGACCCGUCAGUCUCCACGACGCGCAGCUCAGCCGCAACUGGGGCGGCGAAGCGAGAAAGAGCACCUUGGUUGGUAACGGCUUUGGCGGGUUCCUGGCCAUACCUGUGGAGGACGGACGUCCGAAGAGCAGCGGGGGCUGGAGACGCGACAGUCGUCAGGAUUUGUGGCGGUAAUCGCCAGGUGGUGUCGUUGUCUUCGCUGGGAGGGUUCUCGGUGAGGAGUGUUGGUUGGAUAAUGUUAUAAUGAGAUAUACCCUAUACUGGCUGUCUUUUGGGUGACUUUUUUUUUCUGGGAUAUAUAUUCGUCAUUGCGGGCUUUUAGUUGGUCGAGGACUGAUUACAUCAUUUUGCUCGUAUUUAUUUCGUCGAAUUUACACCGUCU